AUGGCAUUGGACUUCUUCUGGGAAGGCUGCUAUGGAUUCUUUCUAAACGAUUGAAUUGACUUGAGUACAGCUAGUUUGACUAAAAAAUUUAUAAAUUUACUUUGUGUUGAAAUAAUAUACGUGAUGGCAGACCUAACCUUAAGAAAUAAAUCAGCUGAGAUUUUGAGCAAACCAAACAAUCCAGAACUAGAAAUGGAUUUCAGAGCCACUUGCUUAGCACUUUAUAUCAAUCCUAGUCUUUAUGAACCGCCACUAAUGCAUGCUUGCCAAAACUAUCUUAAUACUUGUCAGCAUGGAAAAUCUCUUUAUAAUCUUAAGCAGGAUUACAAGGAAACUAAUUUGAUUAUUUAUAACACUGAAACUGAAACCCAAGAAGUCAAAAUCUUGCAGACUCCACAAAAACUAGAUUUAACCACUUGCAUAACUCAACUUCCAAAUGGCAAGCUAUUCUGUUUUGGUAAUAAUAAACCUUCUGGAAUAGCAGUGCUAAUUGAUAGAAAUGGUGGAGUCGAAGUGCUGCCAUCUAGAGCUCCUUGUGCAUUAUCAUCAUGCAUAUAUUUCAACAACAGCGUCUAUUGCUUUGGAGGACAAGAUAAUAAAGUACGUUUAACUCUAUCUAGUAGGUUUGAUUUCGAUCAAAAUCGAUGAAUUCAAUUAACUCCAAUUCCAAAAGCUGAUACCACAUGCAAUAGUAUAAUGUUUGAAGGAAAUAUUUUGAUUUCUGGACUUUGAAAUAGAAAUCUUUUGUUAUACUCAAUUGAUAUUGACUCUUUCUCGACGAUUCCUUAUGAGUUUGCAUUAGGGAUAAGAAAGAUCCUGAUAAAUGCAGAGAGACUUUAUUUGAUUGAAUGCGAUAAAUUAGGAGAAAUCUAUGAAAGCGAAAUUGGAAGUUACAUGAAUUGGACACCAAUAGGAAAAACAUCAACAAUCACUUACCACCCUUUUCAGGUGUAUUGUUCAUAUAAUAAAGGAGGAAUAUAUAUUGGAAUAGAUGCACGUUUUUUCUUCAAGUUUGAUUUGAAUGUAAAGAGAUUGAUUGAAUUAACUUCAUAA